GAGGAGUGAAGCUAGUGCUUGUAGCAGACUGAUAGCAGCACCGCGGACAGCUCAGUGCUGGCAGGGACUGGGGGAGCAAGAAAGCGCUCCAGGCUGGCUGCUGGGUCUGAACACAGAAGAGCCCUGGGCACCUAUAUUAAAGAAAGUGUGGCUAGGAUUAGAAAUAGAACAGCCUCCAGAGAGCAUACGCUCUUCAUCCUGGAACUGCAACAUCAGGGACAGGAAGCAUCCAAGUGUGUGUAACUCUCCAGCUUCAAGUUUCUCUCUCAGUUUUGUGGUUCCAAGCCCUGCACCUUCCAGAAAACCCCUCUUCGGUCUGUUUUUACACAAUGCCCCUGGAUAAGAUGAAAGAUCUGAGCCUAGAGUGCUCUGUGACACGCUCUGAAACAGAUGAAGUGGGUGGAGUUCUCCUUCCAAAAAAAGUGUGUGACAGGUGGGAUCAAAUUUGGAACUUCAGAGCCAGACCUGAUGAUCUGCUCAUCGCAACCUAUGCAAAAGCAGGUACAACAUGGAUACAGGAGAUUGUAGAUAUGAUCCAACAUGAUGGAGACAUUGAGAAAUGCAAACGUGCCACCACUUAUCUGCGACACCCUUUCAUUGAGUGGGUUCUGCCUGGACCUUUCAGCUCUAAUACAAAUGGCCUGGAACUAGCUGAAGCGAUGCCCUCCCCACGAACACUGAAAACUCAUCUCCCUGUACAACUGGUGCCUCCAUCCUUUUGGGAGCAAGAGUGUAAGGUAAUCUAUGUGGCAAGAAAUGCGAAAGACAACCUGGUGUCCUACUACCAUUUUCACAGAAUGAAUAAAAAUAUGCCUGAGCCAGGAACCUGGGAGGAGUUUUUGGAGAAAUUCAUGGCUGGACAAGUGCUUUGGGGUUGCUGGUAUGAUCAUGUAAAAGGAUGGUGGGAUGCAAAAGAAAACCACUGUAUUCUCUACCUCUUCUAUGAAGAUCUAAAGGAGGAUCCAAAGCGUGAAAUCCAAAAGGUGUUACAGUUCCUGGAGAAGGACUUAGAGAAUGAGGUUCUCGAUAAAAUCAUCCACCACACAACAUUUGAGAUAAUGAAGGACAACCCCAUGGCAAACUAUACUUUUCAGCCUCCUGCAGUAAUGGACCACUCAAUCUCACCAUUCAUGAGAAAAGGGACUGUUGGAGAUUGGAAGAACCAUUUCACAAUGGCACAGAAUGAGAAAUUUGAUGAAGAUUAUAGGAAGAAGAUGUCUAGAACCUCUCUGACCUUCCGCAUGGAGCUCUGAGAAGGGGCUAUAGGGAUUAUUCUCUAUAAUCUACUAGCACUUUCCCUAUAAAAGCCUCACAAAAUACCUGUGCAUCUAAAAUUACAAUGCCCAGUUUCCCACACCACUGACUUCACAGGGCUGAGCAUCCCCUUUCUCUGUGUAAACCUAAUUUUGAGACAAAAAUUUUAGUUAAACUAUAGUCAAGCAGUAAUGUACUGUAGAGAUUUUGCAGGAAUCCCUCAAAAUCCCACCCCCAAAUUGAAGAGGUGGCUGGGGUGAUUUCCCUGAUUAAAUUUAUCCCCUCAUCCCUAACUUUUAUUCUUGGUGUUCAUAAAAUUCUUCUGAAGAGCAGGGCUGUAGGGUCUUGUUCAUUUGCUUUUUUUUGCAUUUGUAAAACUUUAGAUGGUAAUAUCCAAUAUUUUUAAAACCAUUCCCAGCAGCAAGUAAAAACCCUGAGAUAGAAGGCACUAUUGAAGUGCAACAUGCUGUUAUUGUUUGUAUGUUUUCAAUGUGCUGGGAAAACUGUAAUCCAUCCUCACACUCCACUAGUGCGGUAAGUAAGUACUAUUAGCUACACUUUGCAGAUGGUGAAAUGGUGUCAUGCAAGAAAUUGAAGUUACUUAUUUCCCCCUCUCCCCCCAUACAUACUGCAUGCUAUAUAAGAUCUAGCCCUAAAUGACUUGCAUGGGUGGCAGUUUGGUCUAACAAAUUAGUUUAUGGGACUAUGAAUCAGAAAACUAUACUUGUUCCACCUCUAGGACUGACCUGCUCUCCAGGCCUCAAAUAAACCAGUUUGCCACUAAAGCUAGGCACCUAAAUCCAUACUUUGAAGACUUAGCUAGGUGCCAACUAUAGAGUUAGACCUGGAUCUUCAAAGGUAUUUAGGCUCAUAACUUCCACUAAUUUUUUAACAGAAGCUAAGGGCCUGAAUACCUUUUGAGAUCGGGGCCUGACGUGCUGAGCUUUAGGCAUCCAUGUUUGAAAAUGUUGUCAUUAAACAUAACCUUUCUGAGCCUCAAUUUCCUAUUUACAAAAUGGGGAUAUUGAAAUAAAUGUACCCCUCAAAGUGGUUGUGAAGCAUGAUUUGUGUUGUAAAAGCACUUUGAGAGCCUUGAAUGAAAGGUAUUAUGUAAUUGCAAAGUAAUAUGAAGACCAUAUGGUAGGGAACAGAUGGGAGUAGAACUCAAGAGCAAUUUUGUUCUCAAUUCUCGCCUCACUUCACAAGACUACACUGCCUCUGGUACUUCUAUGGGGUAGGGGUUGCAAAGCAUACAUUUGUGGGUGCAAAAUGAAUUGUGUGAGUGAACAAGAGAGAGCACAUGGACACAAGGUUUACAGGUUUCACAAAGUCAUUCACAUCCUUUUUCAAAGGCUUGUCAUUUGUGAGGAACCUCCUAAAUUCUACCAGGCCAUGAGGGCACUCUGAUGUUUCUAUUUCAGAGGCAAAUAACGCCAAAACUAGCACUUCAACUUCUGCCUCAUAGAGUAGAUCUGAUAAAGAACGUUAGAAUUAUAUAAAUAUGAAGUUUCUAGGCCAAGCCAUUUUUGAGAGAUGACAAAAAGAAUCUUCAGAACUUAAUGUAUGUCUACUCUGCAGCUGGGAGCAAGGCCUGCAGCCCACCUAGAAAGACU